CGAAAUAUGGUGGCUCACGAAGAGUUGUUAUCCCAAAAGUAAAGUUAGAAAAUCAGUCGGAGUCCAUCAAGACGAAAUAAUCCUUUAAAAUGAUGCCAACGAUUGACUGAAUAAAAUGCGAGUGAAGUUCGUGCGGACAUUGUUGGUGCUAGCUCUCCUCGGGAAUAUAAUAAUAUGGCACAAGAUAUGGUGGCUAUUUACGUCCCAGCAUUUGUCGAAACCGGCAUCAUCAGCACCAUCAACCCACGACACUCCUCAGAGACUUCAUCGUCGAUUAGCUCGUCUUGUUACAAUAGUCGUCAGACAAUUCGAAACAUUUGAGAAUGACGUUGCGGCGACGGUUGAAUCCGUCCUAAAUUCGUUUCCUGCCAUGCCCAUUCUCAUUGUUUGUAAUGAGCUGCCUUACCCGCCACUCGAAAUCAACCUUCCAAAUGAUACAUUCAAGAACGUACGCUUGAUCAAUCUCCAACCUGAGUUCAACAAGUCCUUCGAGGAGAGAAAUCCGCUCUACUAUGUUCGCACGAAAUUUGUACUGCUUCUCCCAGAUUCCACGAGAAUAUCCAAUAAACAAUUUAUUCAGGAAGCUGUUAUCAAAGCGUCUCGCACCGGUGCUGUCGCGAUACCAGUCGGCAAAAAUCAACUCACCUGUCUGGAGAUGAGUUUGAAAAUAAAAGAAUGGAGUUUGCGAAUAGCGAAAGUACCUGGACAACUGUGUGAUGCUGUCAUGGGGAGACAUGCCACUCUGGUUAAUGUCAAUACGCUAAAAAAACUGUCAGAUCCAUUUAUGUUGCCGUUUAUGGAGAGUCUUUAUAUUCAGACAACUGCCACUGGUCUCAAGAUCCAACUGAUGCGGCAUCAAUUUAACGAGGGAAAGCCUCUAUUCAGGAGCCAACAAUCCCAAUGGAAGCUCCAACAACUCCAACAACGACGAGAGAGAUCAAUGUUCGAGAAGUUGGGGAUAAAAAAAGUAGUAAGAGCAACUGGUUCAGUGGAUUGGUACGGUUGCUCGAGGGAGACUCAGCGGUGCUUUGGCUCAAUUGUCAAUGGAGUGCCCUCGUACCUCUACCAGAAUCGUUACACCCCCCCUUGUUGCUUAGCAGGACUGAGAAAAGUUGCUCACCAUGUCUUCGAUAAUCUUGAGAGGGCGGGGAUCAGGUAUUGGCUGGAGGGUAGUUCUCUCCUGGGGGCAAUGAAGAAUGGAGAUAUUCUCCCUUGGGACUACCAGGUGGAGGUGGGAGUGAAUCGGGAUGAUCUCAAUCGCUGUCCAUGGCUGGUCAAAGCCAAGAACAAACCCAUCGCCGACAACUAUGGAUACGUCUGGGAGAAAGCUACUGAGGGGCAGUUCUUCAAAGUGCAAUUCUCAAACUCCAAUCGAUUACAUGUCAAUCUGCUACCGUUUUAUGUUAAAAAUGGCACUAUGAUGCGAGACUCCUGGUUCUCAAAGAACAGGGACUUUCCCGAACAGUUUCUCCAUCCAAUGUCUAGUAUUGAGUUCGCAGGGAGGCAAGUGCCCAGUCCAAACAACAUCAGGGAUUUUUUGGAGAUCAACUAUUAUAAAGGAGUUGUAGAGAAUCCAGAACUACCUGGUAAAAUAGUUAAUUGAAGAGACC